AGGUGAAACCAAACUGGGAGAUCAGGAAUCUAGAUCUAAAAUAGAUCUAGAUCUACAUCUGCAUCUUUAUCUUACCUUAUACAGUUUUCUAUUAAAUAAUAUGAGUUCAAGGAAGUAUUUGACUGUUGAUGAAAAAAAACAGCUCAAUUCUGCAAUUGAAAAUGGAAUGACAACUAGAGAUAAGGAAUGGAUAGGAAAGCUGGCAAGGGAAAUCAAAAUUGAGCCAUUUAGAAUUGAAAAGUACAUAUACAACAUGAAGAGGCAAAAGGAUAACUCUGUUUGCAAGCUCCCCAGAAAAAGAAGAAGUGGUUGGGAUGAAUUUAGAGCCAUGCAAAAGCAAGGUGCUGAUGAAGAUAACAGGUCAUUUUUAAGAAGAAUUUCCCAAGAAUGGAAAUUGCUUGAUCAUGUGACAAAAGUUGAAAUGGACAGGAAGGCACAAGAGAAAAACAAACAACCUUUUUAUGGGCUCGAGGAUAGUGAUAUUGUAAAGGGGCUGAAGAAAAGAUUAAAAUUAUUGGUUAAAGAUAUGGAAAAGGCUAAUGUAAAAUUUAUUGGUGUUAGUUCUUACUUUGACCCGAUUAACAAAGUUGAAGUGUUCCACACCAUGAAUGCAAAACAUUUAAAAAAAGACAUAAUAGAUCUUGUAUGCAAAGAUCCAUUACAAAGCUGCACUAAAUCUGUCAGACUGCGCCAAUUAGUGAUGGAGAUUUUUCAGGAAAGAUGGGAAAGUUGCAUGAAACUCAAUACUCAAGUACCAUACUUUAGUAGUAACAUAACUGUCACUGGGCUGCCUACAGGGAUACCAUUCAAGCACCCUCAACUGUACACUGUAAAUGAAUUAAAUCAAAUAAUAGCAGAAGACAAAUACAAUAUACAGAUGGCUAUAACCUUGAAAACAAUGGAUUAUGAUUGUUUGCUAAGCUCAUUAGAAAGCUUGAAAGUCCUUUCAAAAAAUUUUAGAGGUCGAGUGUUAAUUGAAGAUGAAAGUAAAAAGCUGCAAUAUCCUGAAAAGGAAGAGUCAUCCUUCAAAGACUGUGAAAUUCAGGUUUUGGAACUUGACUUAAAUGAAGCUGUAGCUGGGAUUGUUUUAGCUGCAGAUGAAUCAAGUACAAAUACAGAACAAACAGAAAUAACUGAGCUUGAGAUACCGAGUAUCCUUAGUAUAAACCAAGAUAAAUCAAUAGCACUGACACAAGCUCAAAUUGAAAAUGUUGUUCCAGAAACUCCCACUUACAUCAAAAUGGGUAAAAAAAAAAGAUACAGUGUGCUGCAGAAAGCAGAAAUUUUGACCCAAUCCGAAACAAUAGGUGUCAAAAGAACAGCUGAAAAAUACAACGUAUCGGAGAUUGCACCGAAGUUCCUAAUUAUGGAUGUCGAGGUUUGGAUACUUAAAGUUGUAUCCGUAAAUGACAGCAUCACAAAGACGACUGUCAACACCUACAACUGCGGUGAGUUUGAAGCUACAAACCUGUGCUGCAGAAAGUUUGUAGCUACAAACCUGUGGUAUCCACAUCUUCAGCUGCAGAAAGUUUGUAGCUACAAACCUGUGCUGCAGAAAGUUUGUAGCUACAAACCUGUGGUAUCCACACCUCUCACUUCGCUACAGAAAGUUUGUAGCUACAAACCUGUGGUAUCGACACCUUCAGCUAGAGGAAAGUUUGUAGCUACAAACAUGUGGUAUCCACACCUUCAGCUACAGAAAGUUUGUAGCUACAAACCUGUGGUAUCGACACCUUCAGCUAGAGGAAAGUUUGUAGCUACCAACCUGUGGUAUCGACACCUUCAGCUACAGAAACUGCAGAAAGUUUGUAGCUACAAACCUGUGGUAUCCACACCUUCAGCUGCAGAAAGUUUGUAG